AUGGCCUACACGACCAAGUACCAUGAGGACUCGGACGCCGAUGACGAGUUUGAGCGCCAGGGCAUCUCUAGCCCGACCCUACCCGCCGAGUACGAGAGCUCCCCCACGAGCUCCGGCCCGCUGAGCACUGAACACACGCCCACCACCUUCACCCAUUCGCGCGACAGCAAGAGCAGCCCGACGGGGCACAUAAUGGAGUGGAACGAGGACCAGACGGCCGACUUCAUCGCCGACCUGGGCCUGGAGCAGUACUCGGAUACCUUUGCUAACGAGGGCAUCACCGGCGACGUGCUCGCCGCCCUCCAGCAUGCCGAGCUGAAGGAGCUGGGCGUCGGCAGCGUAGGCCACCGCCUGACAAUCCUCAAGGCCGUCUACGAGAUCAAGGUGCGGCAGAAUGUGCCCAUGGACCCCGACGACUACGUCCCGCUAUCCGCGGAUACGUCGGCACAGGAAGCGCCGCCAACCCAAGACGACUUCGCCAAGGUCAUUCGCGUAGUCCAGGCGCGCGACGAGCGCAUACACACGGCCGAAUCGGAGCUGCGACAUCUCCGAGAAGACCUCAGCAGGGUCAUGGACGAGAACAAGCGGCUACGAGAGGAGAUCCUGCCACUCGUGCGCAUGCUCAAGGACAACCAACCCCUGCCUACGCCUCACGAGCACUCCGUCACAUCGCCACCUGCAACUCAAGAGAGAUCUGGUGGCAGCAGUCUUUCGCCAUCUCUCGGUGGUGGCCCGCAACUGUCGCCCAACUCCAUCGCCCAGCCCUCCCCGACAUCCCCCGCAUACACACAAGGCCAAGGCCGCCAGUACAACCGCGAAAUACCCCGAAGCGGGCACGAUCACGACGGCAGCUCAGGGUGGAGUCAGAACACAUGGAAUUCAGACACAACUGCUGUAUCCGACCGCAAUCGCGACCCCCGCGCUACGCCCGCACCACUGUCAUCACGACAGAUGCGAAACAACGCUGCACCAACACCAACCCCCGACGAUCGCGACCCACCACUUUCUGGCGGUUCAAGCUCAAUGAACACCUCCGCAUCCAAUCCCGCAUCCACGCCAUCUACGAACCCGCAAGUUGAAAUCUUCAAAUCGUUCCGAGUCUCAAUCGACGAUCCGUGCCACAAGGUGCUUCCGGUUGCGCUUAAGAAAUACAACAUUACGGCAGAUUGGCGCCAGUAUGCCCUGUAUAUUGUACACGGUGAUCAGGAGCGCUGUCUUGGACUCAACGAGAGGCCGCUGAUAUUGUUCAAACAACUUGACAAGGAAGGCCGGAAACCCAUGUUCAUGCUUAGGAAGCAUGCAGCACCGCAAGAAGGCCAUGUCAGUACUGUGGGCGGAAACGAUGUACGGCCCGUCAACCCGCAGACAGAGAGCUUCGGGUGGGGUAACCAGAAUAGAGGGACACCCCUGCCCGGAGGCGUUCUGUAG